AUGAACACUUUCUAAUUGGGUCUUUGUACCUUCAAGUGGAAUGAUGUUAAAAUGAAAUAUGUUUGCAGACCAUUCAACUUCUAUGUGUUUCCUGACUCUCAACUCUAUGACGACAUGAAUGUCUAAUUUUAGAGCUACUAAAGACUGACAAAAAGAGAUGAAGUCUUCAUUAGGGCCUCUCAAAAGGUGCUAAAUUAAAGAUCAAAUAGGCGAUUCUACACUCAUCUUGGCGAUAAUUCACAGCAACUUCUAAGUCAGUUCUUAGAACAAGUAGAUAGGUUCUUUGCAGACACCAAAAACUCAAACAAAAAUGAGUAGUUGAUCUUGGAAGUAAAGUCUCAUGCUUUGAAAAGACAGCUAAGCAGAGAUAUCAAUGCCAAGUACAGAGAAAAUGGAAACAUCUAUGUUGAAUUUAAAAAGAACUCAGAUUAGUUUACCAUCAAGAAGUGGUGGAAGAGAAACGAUUAUUCUUCAAGCUCCAAGAAAGCAAAGGAUUCAGCUCUUGAUAGUGAGUCAAAGAUUAACCCAGAAGCUAAAAGUGAAGAUCUUAUUCCAGCCACUAGUGAAUUUAAAUUAGAUGCAGAAUCGGAACAAAAAAUAUAGCAAGACCAAGAAGAAACCAAGAACGCUCAACUGAAUGAAGAGGAAGAGAAAUAAAUUCAUUAACAGAAUCAGAUUGAGGAUCUAUUCAUAAGGGAAAUGGGAUUUUCAUUGGUAGUUGAAGAACUAAUUCGAGCAAAGAAGCCUAUUGUCGGCCACAAUAUGAUUUAUGAUAUUGCAUACCUUUACAAUCAAUUUAUUGAUACCUUACCAGCAAAAUACUCCGAUUUUAUUGCACAUUGGAAUGAACUAUUCCCUUUGAUAUAUGAUACCAAAGUUCUUUCUUCAGCAUCAGAGUAUUUCGGAAAAACAGGUUUAGGCUACAUAUAUGAGAAAUGCUUAAAUGACUAAAGAUUGAAGGUCUAAUUUAGAAUUAACUUUGAUAUCUAAGGAGGCUUCACAAAUUACGAGUCCUCUGGAGUGCUGGCUCAUUAUCACGAGGCUGCAUAUGAUGCCUAUAUGACUGGGUAUGCAUUUGCAAACAUAAUGAAGUACAAAGAGGUCGAUGUACCAAAGGAAGAAAGAAAAAAACAUGGUGGUAGCAACAAUAACAGAGGUAAUAACAGAGGUAGAGGAGGAAGAGGAGGAGGAAAGCAGUAAUAGUAAAGAAAGGAAGAGGAAGCAAAGGUCUUAAAUAAAGAAGAAUCUACUCCUUCAAAAAUAGAGGAUUAACAGUAGAUAGAGUAAAUUACUUCUCAGGUUGAUAAUCUGCAAAUAAAUAAUGAUUAACUAACUUAGCAAACACAGAUUCAGACUUAAACUACUGAAGAGAAAAAAGUAGAGGAGAAGGUCUGGACAAAGGUUAACUUUGAAGCUAACUUUUCUUAGAAGUUCUUAAACAAGGUCAUGUUCAAUGAGUAUGAUGGCUGCAGACUCUAUCAUUUGGACCCAAAGAGACAAGAAGAUGUUCCAAAAGAUUGGUCGAAAGUUGCUUGGGUUGAAGUCAAAGAGGAGCUGUAUGAGGCUAGAGCUGAUGAAAUAGCUUAAAGGCUUGGAAAAUAUGGAGAUUUUGCUCUUCAUAGAGAUACUAAGCAAUCCUUUUUCAUUGAAUUCUUCUACUAUGAUCCUACAACUGUACCUGAACAAACAAUUGAAAACUUUAUAAACGCCGUUCAAGAGAAACUAUCAGAUUUAGGGUUCAAAAGCAUUGCUCCUUACAAUGAUGCUAAUAAAUUUAGAGCUCACAAUCGCUUUGAAUAAAUUUGA